UGGCAAUAGAUUUCAACGUCAACACAAGCUUUAAGACAACGCAUAUUAUUUAUAUUUCUUCGGGAGUGUGCAUUGAAAUUUCUGUCAUUUUCGUUAAAAAAAUUUUCAUACGACUUUUACGAUUUGCUACGAAAUCCGCCGAACGCGAGGCAACUGCAAAGAUUCGACAAACACAAUCAGUUAAAUAAAGCGAAUGCUACGAUAGGGUCAGUGGUGCAAGGGCUCAAGAUCAAAGUUCGAGUUAGGCGUUGUAAAAAGUAGAAAACCACGUAUUAUUUGUAAAAGAUGGCAGCGUCCGCAGGAGUAGCUGACACUAGUAGCAAAGUGGCCAGCGAUGAAAUAUCCCCGUCAAUAUUGCUGGGCAUAGUGGAGGAGAUAAUAUACAGCCCUCUUAAUUUGGCACUUGUAGCUGUAAUUGUAUUUCUGUUUUACAAAAUAGUGAAAGAUCGCUAUGAGGUGCCCAGAGGCAAAUCGGGUGAUGGAUCACCGCCGGCGCCUGAACUUCCAAAAUUACGACGUGAUUUUAGUAUACAAGAGUUGCGUGCAUAUGAUGGAAAUGGGCCAGAUGGACGUAUCCUGAUUGCAGUGAAUGGGAGCGUAUAUGACGUCACAAAAGCAAAACGAUUCUACGGUCCAGGUGGACCGUAUGCAUCUUUCGCUGGGCGAGAUGCUUCUCGAAAUUUGGCUACUUUUAAUGUGGAACCUAAUAAUAAGGAGGAGUAUGAUGAUUUAAGUGACCUAAAUGCUAUGGAAAUGGAUUCGGUGAGGGAAUGGGAAAUGCAAUUUAAAGAAAAAUACGAUCUGGUAGGCAAAUUAUUACGCAAAGGAGAACAACCGACCAACUAUGACGAUGAGGAAGAAGAUUCUAGCGAGAUAGUCACUGAAAAUAUUGCUACUGCCGCCGCUUCUGCCACUGGCACAAAUGCUGAAGAUGAGGGUGUUCGAAAGCGUGUCGCUAACUCAACCGAAGAAGAAGUUAAAUAAAUAGUGGUUGUCUCGCGGACUUUUCGUCAUAAAACUAUUGAUAGAUUUAAAAAAUUUUAAUUUACUAAAAAUUAUUUAAUUAAACAUUGAAAAAUUAUCGAAAAAUGUUUAUAUGCUUAUCACAAUACGGAUGGAAAGAUAAAAAACAGAAUGUUAUCAAAACACUCAUGGUUUUCUACGUUACUUUUGUUUUGAAUGCGCUCUUAAAUUAGCAGUUGUAGUGCUUGUCAUUUAUAAGCUUUUGAACUUGUGAAACUCGAUUUUUCAUAUUGCUUAUAAAGUCCGCGUGUGGUUGGGUGUAUACGAGAAACAUCAAUUCUGAAUUUAAGUUAUUUUGGGAAGUAGCGAAGGGAAGAAUUGUUUGCACAUGUUAAUUUACUUAAUUUUAAACUUGACUAAAUUAUUUGAUACCUUGGUUCUGAAAUAUAACAUUACCACAUGUGCAUAUACUUAUAUAUUGUACAAGUAAACAUAUUUAUAGAAGCAAAUAAAAUAAAUAUUUUUCAAACUUA